GGGUUUUUUGUAAAAUUUUUCCUGUUUUUUCGAGAGAAAACCCCAGCACCCCUCUCUCUCACGUUUCAGUCUUCACGCCGGCUCCUCCUCCUCGCCUCCGGGCCUAUCGCGCUCGGUGCUGGCUUGCCGCCGGUCGCAACCUAACUUACCGUCUGCCCACCGCACGCCACAACCGCCGUCUGCUGCUUCCCGUUGCGUACUCUACUUUCGUGGACAACAACUAAUGAAAUCGAAACAAAUCGAGCCGGAUUGCAAUCCUUGCUGCUGCGCGUUGUAAAAGAAAGCAUAUUGUUGCGCUGGAAUAACCCCAUCAAUGGUUCUCUUUCGAAUCUCUUACCUCCGAUCGUCAUCAUUUCGUCUCAAGAUCUCCACCUUAUCUACCUUGCAGCUAAGUACAAUCUCUUCUGCCGAUUUAUUCUAUGACCAUCUGCAGAAAAACAAUGGUAAUGUGGAGAAAACUCUUGCUAAUGUAAAGACCAAAUUGGAUUCUAGAUGUGUCAACCAAGUAUUACAUAAAUGUUCCUUCGAAAUAUCUCAAAUGGGUCUUCGAUUUUUUAUAUGGGCUGGUCGACAGCCUAAUUAUAGGCAUAGUUCUUUUAUGUACAGCAGAGCUUGUGAACUGAUUGGAAUUAAGGGAAGCCCAUGUUUGCUUUUUAAUGUUAUUGAAGAUUAUAAAAGAGAGGGUUACCUUGUUGAUGUUAGGAUGUUUAAGAUUAUUUUAAACCUAUGUAAAGAAGCUAAGCUUGCCAAAGAGGCUUUGUCCAUUUUAGGGAAAAUGCCUGAAUUUCAUUUGCGUGCUGACACUUCAAUGUAUAAUCUGGUUAUAAGCUUAUUUACUGAGAAGGGUGAGAUGGAUAUGGCGAUGGAGUUGAUGAAAGAGAUGGAUUCAGUUGAUAUACAUCCUAACAUGAUCACUUAUAUUUCUUUGCUCAAAGGAUUCUGUGAUGUGUGUCGUUGGGAUGAUGCUUAUGGGUUAUUUAAGGCUAUGAAGGAAAGUGGAUGUCCACCCAAUACAGUGGUUUACUCUGUGCUACUUAAUGCUGCCAGUCGGAAUGGGAUUAUGGAAAGGCUAAUGGCAGUGUUGGAGGAGAUGGAAAAACAAGGGGGAACUUGCACUCCAAAUACUGUCACAUACACUUCCAUAAUCCAGAGUCAAUGUGAACUAGGCCGGCCUCUGGAGGCAUUGAAGAUAUUGGAUAGAAUGGAAGAGUUUGGUUGUGCUCCAAAUCGUGUUACAAUUAGCUGUUUAAUCAAGGAAUUUUGUAAAGAUGGUCACGUGGAGGAGGCUUACAAGUUGAUUGAUAGACUUGUUGCAAGAGGUGGUGCUUCAUAUGGUGAUUGCUAUAGCUCACUUGUGGUAUCUUUGGUUAAGAUGAAAAAGAUUGCAGAGGCAGAGGAGCUAUUUAGAAACAUGUUAGCCAAUGGGGUGAAGCCAGAUGGUUUGGCUUGCAGUCUCAUGAUCAGGGAAUUGUGCUUAGAGGAGCGAGUGCUAGAUGGUUUUAACUUAUGCUACGAAAUCGAUAGGAAUGGAUAUUUAUCUUCCAUUGACUCUGAUAUUUAUUCUCUUCUUUUAGCUGGACUUUGUGAGCAUGACCACUCUGUGGAUGCUGCAAAACUUGCAAGGUUGAUGCUUAAAAAAGGGAUUCGUUUAAAACCGUACUGUGCUGAAAGUAUCAUCAAACAUCUAAAGAAAUCUGAAGACCAAGAGUUAGUUAUGCAUUUGGGUGGAAUAAGGAAAUGACAAGCAAAACUAAGAACUUAAUUAUGGGAUUGGAGGUGUUAAUUUUCACCAACAUUUUAAACAAAGGCUUUUAGCAAGCUUAAGUUGAUUCAAAACAACCAACAUGUAGAUUCACUCAUAGUGGAUAUGGAUGUCAACUCAGUAGUAAUUGCAGGUUAUAAGUUUGGUGGCAUACCACUCAAGAGAUAGAAUCUGUGACCUUUCGUAUGGGAGAAAAGAGGAUUUUCAUGACUUUGUGACCCUUAAAUGUUUCACUCUACUGAUGACAGCAAAGGUGUAUCAAAAGUCCUUCCGAACAACAAAUCACAUCUUAGGAGUUGGAGGUUAAUUCUGUUUCGGUAGCCAACCCGAAGUACAUCUUGCUAGUUUCUCAAAUUUCAAUAUUAUUCAAUCAAGUGAAGAUGCUUUAAAAAUUUUGAUAUAGUCAGCCUGAAGUACAUCUUAUUAGCACCGAGCAACUCUGACCUCAUGUUCAGAAGGUGGCUGUUACCCAAGGUCCUGCUGCAGAUUGCUGGAGUUCUGGAUGUCUUAAUAUGCAAAUUGGAUCUCUCCUCUGAUUGCGAUUAAACCAAGUCAAUCUUCCAGAUUCCUGAUCUCUUGGUUUGGCGCUUUCCAUCUGACCACGUCAUUUUUGACCCUUCUGUUUUUCCUUCCUGAGCUCUUUGAGAUUAAAUUGUAUUAGCUGUUUUUGAGCUCUUUAGGAAUUAUAUUAGGUACUUUUGAGCUCUUUUGGAAAUCUGCUCGGUAUGAUAGAAAGUGAAUUUGGAUAAUAUUGUUAUUUUUAUCGUUCGAAAUCGUCCAGCUUAUUGUCAUAAAAUGCUCCAAAUUGUCCACUCUAUGCUUAGGCUCUCCUGCAUAUUAUAAAUUAAAUAAAGAAGGUAUGAGCACUGUUCAAUGAUAUUGCAGCAUGUGGACAUACACAAAAUAUCGCUCUAUAUAAAAAUAUCUGGAGAGGCCCCACCCCUGGAAGGAUUCGUUUCUUUUUUUGGGAGGUCAGUCACAGUAGUAUUGAUACAACUGAUGUUCUUAUCAAGAAGGCUCCUUGAAUUGUUUCUACGCCAAGCUGGUGUGUCCAACGUCACAAGAGAGGUGAAUCUGUUAUGCACAUUCUGCUUCUGGUGUUUUGUGACUAUGCUUAAUCAUGCUGGAUGAGAAUACUGCCCUACCCCAAGUAUCAUGUGGUUUUUCGAAAUGACCCUCUCGUCCUUUUUAAUAUGCGCCUUAUUGGCCAUCCGUGUAAGAAUGAGAAUGCUAUUAUGUGGACCUUCAUCAUCAAAGCCUACUUUUGGCUCAUAUGGAAUAAGUGGGAUCAAUUUGAAGAUAAAGAAUCAGAUUUCACAUAUUUUUUUAUCACCUUUUGUAUACAUCUCUCUCAUGGUAGAUGAAACUCAGGGCAACAUCUCCAAGCAAAUACAUUCAAGUAAUUCAUGCAUCCCUUAUGCGGGUGAACGGUGAAACAUUAAUUAUAAUUGGUAAACAAGCUCAUUGACACCCAUCAUUCUUUAGUUCACAUUUGAUUCUUUGUUUUUGUGGCUGUUGAAAACCUUUUGUCUAUAAAUGGAUGACGGAGAAUGGCUGCUGAAAA